GAACGGAGGCUUCUGGGAAAUGGAGUUCCCGGAGGGCCUCCCCCCCCCCCAACCUCCCUAGACGGCAGGCUGACGUUAGACCGGGGAGCGCUGUGAGCGGAGCUCCUGGGUCUUGGAGGAGAUCUGGUGCCUUAAUGGGGUCUGAGCAGAAGGCCUGAGCCUUUCCACCGCUGGCCCUGGCCCCGUAGGCAGCCUGCGGCAUCUGCAGUCGUCGAAAGCCUCAGUCUUCCCGUCUGUCCAAUGGGAAUGGGGUUUCAAGCAUCUCUGCGGGAUAUUUACGGUGUCAUACAUGGACUGAUGGAGUCCUGAGCGCUGUCAGCCUCCUCUCCUUCGUGGAGGGCACGAGGGGCUCUGGCGUUUCCCUCUCUUAGGUGGAGAUGAUGAGACACCUCGAGGCGGAAAGGUUCCCCAGCCCUCGCCCCCGUUGUGGCUCUAGGGCUCUUGGGAUCUGCAGUGUGUGGUCCUGCACUCCACUCCCGGUAGCUGCCCCCUCGCUUCAACCAUCGCUCGCUCCCAGGUGCCAGGACCGAGGCUGCGGGUGCCUAAGGUGUACUCUCCGGUGACUCCCGUGCCCACCAUGGCCCCUCUCAACUCCUACAUGACCUUGAACCCUCUCAGCUCUCCCUACCCUCCAGGAGGGCUGCAGGCCUCCCCGCUGCCUACAGGACCCCUGGCACCCCCAGCCCCCACAGCGCCCCUGGGGCCCACCUUCCCGGGCCUGGGUGCGGGCGGCAACGCUGGAAGCAAUACUUCCGGGUAUGGCGCCCCCGGGCCCGGGCUGGCCCACGGAAAGGAGAUGGCAAAGGGGUACCGGCGGCCGCUGGCCCACGCCAAGCCACCAUAUUCCUACAUCUCUCUCAUCACCAUGGCCAUCCAGCAGGCGCCAGGCAAGAUGCUGACCCUGAGCGAGAUCUACCAGUGGAUCAUGGACCUCUUCCCAUACUACCGGGAGAACCAGCAGCGCUGGCAGAACUCCAUCCGCCACUCUCUGUCCUUCAAUGACUGCUUUGUCAAGGUGGCGCGCUCCCCAGACAAGCCGGGCAAGGGCUCCUACUGGGCCCUGCACCCCAGCUCCGGGAACAUGUUUGAGAACGGCUGCUACCUUCGUCGUCAGAAACGCUUCAAGCUGGAGGAGAAAGUCAAGAAAGGAAACGGAGCUGCAUCUACCCCCAGGAGUGGGGCGGUGGGGCCGGCCACCUCCGCCGCGACUGCAGCCGCCACGGCCACAGCGGUCACCUCCCAGGCUCAGCCGCAGCCUGCUCCCCCUGAGCCCGAGGCCCAGAGCGGGGAGGACGUGGGGGGUCUGGACUGCGCCUCCCCUUCUUCCUCCACGCCCUAUUUCACUGGCCUGGAGCUCCCCGGGGAACUGAAGUUGGACGCCCCCUACAACUUCAACCACCCGUUCUCCAUCAACAACCUGAUGUCAGAACAGACACCAGCGCCUUCCAAACUGGACAUGGGGUUUGGGGGCUACGGGGCCGAGAGCGGGGACCCAGGGGUGUACUACCAGAGCCUCUACUCCCGGUCCCUGCUUAAUGCGUCCUAGCGCGGUGACUGGGAGCACGGUGAUGGGGCCAGCUGGGACGGACACCAGGUUCCUGGGCCCUGGUCCUUCCGGUCACACUCUGCUUGUCCCGCUGAUUAACAUCUUAUUUGGUCUAGAACUGUGAGGACCCAUCGGCUGCUGUGGUAACUGCCACGGACCCCCUGGUGGGCCGCGGGUGGUGGUAGCGUGAAGGUCGCUGUGCUGGGUGUACAGUGAAAGCUUCCAGAUGGAGUGAGGCCACUGGCUGGUCCGCGGAGGCAUGGCCAUGCUGGGUGACAUCUUGUUUGGACCUUUGGAGGCUGCGAUGGACAUCUUGAUUGAUCUUUCCAGUAUGUGGCAGUCACACUUCUUCGGCCCACUGUCUCCUGGGAUCACUUUUUUUUUGGGGGGGGGGGCAGACUUCUCGGUACAACAGAUGCCAGGUUGGCCACCAUAUCGAUCACACGAUGUCUUUUUUGACACACUGGAUGCACGGAGGGGCCACCCCACUGGCAAGGUGACGCACCGUGAUGGUCACCACAGGCCUGCCAUCACCAUCUCCUUGGUGGGGGUUGGGUGAGGGGUGGAGGUGAGGAGACCCUGUGAUUUUUCUCUGAGGCUCGCCCCCAACCCUGGCGGCGAGAAAGGUCUGGUAUGGGUGUGGGGAACUCUUUACAGAGGUCAAGUUCUUGCCUGGGACUUGGGAUACCGGCUGCGUCUGACCAUUAAAAAGGCACCUUCUCGGUC